UGCUGGCGAGGUGCCCAGGAAGUGCAUACGUUCCUCCCUGCUCUUCCAGGGUGGUGGUUUUCCUGUCUGGCUCUUGGUCCUUGUUUCCACUGGCUUCCCAUCCCCAUGGGGCAGAAACACAAUGUCUCCUGGGGCCAGAAAAGGAACUGAGAUGGGCAGGCAGAAGAGCCUGGAUUGCUCACUUUUCUGGAAACUUACGUGUUGAGAUCUACAGAGGUCCAGGAAACCAAAGCCCUGCCAAGCAGAGCCAUUUUUGGUGGCUAUCUCUGGAGGCCUAGGGGUGUGGCUGCAAGAGAAAAGAGGCUGGAGGAAGAUCUAAAGGGCAGGGGUGUCCCCUCUACAGAUGAUGGAUACCCCCAACACCUGUGCCUAACGCUCCUAUCUAGCCCCCCAGCCCCAGCCUUAGUUUUUGGAGUCCAAUAUUAAAGGUUUCUGGCCAGAGGAGUUGGGGGUCUCUUCCCAUCUCUGCAGUAGCCCUUUCAUGGGUGCUGGGAAACAGCUUUAGGGAAUAAAUGGCGAUUUUCCCCUUUUCUUACCCUCCCCUUGCCUCCUCCAAGACCUACCCAACUACUCCCCCCUCAGAGAACCAAAUAGCUUGAAGAAGCAGGAGAGUAUGUGGCUAUGGCAGUUUCUUGGUGAUUUGGGGCUUCAAGACAGUAGGUAAGAGAUGCUGUCAGGACAUAUCUUCCUCAUACCAAAGUCACUGGUCCUUUCUCAGACUCUCUUGUGCUUUUUCCCUAAUGACAAUAUUUUUGUUAAAAAUUGGGAUAUGUGGUCUGACAGAGCAGAAUAUUUGAUGUUUGGACUGUCCUGGAAGCCUGGACUCUGGCUAUACACGCCCCCCCCAUCUGUUGCACAUUAUUCGCAGCGCUGGUCUUCAACUUUUGGCGCCCUUACUUCCCUGCUUCCCUGGCUUGAUUGAAGGAAAGCUUGUAGAGGCUCAGAGCCCUUAUACCUCAUUUUUUUUCUCCUGAUGAAAGGAUCCCUGUCUCAGCCUGUGGGUGGGGAGGUGGCAGGACCCUUAUUGCCAUGGUACUAAAAUGCAGUCCAGAGCCUGGAUGUUUUUUGUUUCUCUUUCCCUGCUAUUCUUUAUAUCUUCUCUGGCAUGGUGAUCUAGCUGUUCUCAUUCCUCUCAGCCAGGGUCCUGCACUAGGCUUUGCUUUUAUUUUAUUUUGUAAGCACUGCCUGCCAGAGAUGGGCCAGCGGCCUGAUCAGGAGUCCCUCACAGCUGCUGUCUCUUCUUUACAGCUCGUGCACACAUUCCUCAGUGGGGUGGGGAAGGCAGGCUUGGGGUGUGGCCCUGAGAGGAGCUGGUGUUCCCCUGCCCCCACUUCUCCCGGGACCCUAGCGUGUGAAGAGAAGACAAAGGUGGCAGCCUCAGUAGCCUUGGGGACCUCAGCAACUAUGGCCUCCUGCCCAGACUCGGACAAUAGCUGGGUGCUUGCCGGCUCAGAGAACCUGCCUGUGGAGACCCUGGGCCCUGAAUCCAGGAUGGACCCAGAAUCUGAGAGAGCUCCCCAGGCCCCUUGGAGCCCCUCCAAGGCAGCUGCUGAGGAAUUAGCAGGGACCUUGGAUGGAGAAGAGACCCUGUUCCAGAGUGAGAGCUCCCAGUCCAGGCCCAUUCUGCCAGAGGAGACUGAGGUCAAGGGUGUCCUGGAAGGUGAUGAUCGUGGAAUGGAGUCCCCUGGCUCAGGAGACACAGAAGCCCAGGGAGACUUGGAGGAGACCCCCGAGGCGGUAGGCCUGGGACAGGACACACAGGACCUGGAGGAUCAGAGUCCCCCCAGCAGCCUGCCCUCAUCCCCCCAAACAGCUUGGAUCAGGGAGGAGGCCCACUGCUCCAGCAGUGAGGACGACACCGACAUGGACGUGGAGGGUCUGCGGAGACGGCGGGGCCGGGAGCCCAGCACUCCUCAGCCUGCGGCCCCACUGGGUGUGGAGGACCAGGCCGGGGGUGAGGGUGCGGGCAGGGAGCUGGGCAUCUCCCUCAACAUGUGUCUCCUUGGGGCCCUGGUUCUGCUGGGCCUGGGGAUCCUCCUCUUCUCCGGUGGUCCCUCAGAGGCUGAAAGUGGGCCCAUGGAGGAAGCGGACCUGCAGGUCUUCCCAGAUACUGGCUCAGAUACUGAGAUGCUGGAGGCUGAGGGGGAUGGGCAGCAUGGGCUAAAGCAGCAGCUGCAGACCUCAGCGCCCCCUGACAGUGUUCCCAGCCUGCAGAACAUGGCCCUUCUGCUGGACAAGCUGGCCAAGGAGAACCAGGAUAUCCGGCUGCUGCAGGCCCAGCUGCAGGCCCAGAAGGAAGAGCUUCAGAGCCUGAUGCAUCAGCCCAAAGGGCUGGAAGAGGAGAAUGCCCGGCUCCGAGGAGCCCUACAGCAGGGCGAGGCCUCCCAGCGGGCCCUGGAGUUAGAGCUGCAGCAGCUGCGGGCCCAGCUCCAGGGCCUGGAGGCUGACUGUGUCCGGAGCACAGAUGGGGUGUGUCUCUAUGGGGGCAGAGGCCUGCGGGCUGGCAAGGUCACCAAGGAGCAAGGCCCAAGGGGGCAGGUGCCAAGCCCUGGCUUCCUGGAGCAGAAGAAACAGCUAGAGGCUGAGGCCCAGGCAUUAAGGCAAGAGUUGGAGAGGCAGCGGCGGCUGCUGGGGUCUGUGCAGCGGGACCUGGAGCAGAGCUUGAGGGAUGCGGGCCGAGGGGACCCAGCCCAUGCUGGCCUGGCUGAGGUGGGUCACAGGCUGGCCAAGAAGCUGCGGGGCCUGGAGAACUGGGGCCAGCACCCUGGGGUCCCUGCCAAUGCCUCAGAGGCCUGGCAUCAGGAGCCUCACUUCCAGAGUUCCAGGGAAUGGAGCGGAAAGGAAAAGUGGUGGGAUGGGCAGAGGGACCGGAAGACUGACCACUGGAAACAUAAGAAGGAGGAAUCUGGCCGGGAAAAGAAGAAGAGCUGGGAGGGUGAAGAGGACAGGGAGCUGGCGGGGAGGUGGAAGGAAGGCAAGCCAUGGGUGGAGGAGUGGGCCAGCAAGAAGGAUGGCAAGCGACGGGGUUCUAAGGAGCCCCCCAGGAAAAGUGGGAGCCCCCACUCCUCCAGAGAAAGGCAGAAACACCCUCGGUGGAAGGAGGGGGCUAAAGACAGGCAUGACCCCCUGCCACUCUGGGCAGAGCUGUUGAGGCACAAGUACCAGGCACCCCAGGGCUGCUCGGGUGUGCACGAGUGUGCCCGCCAGGAGGGCCUGGCCUUCUUUGGCAUGGAGCUGGCCCCUGUGCGGCAACAGGAGCUGGCCUCUCUGUUGAGGACGUACCUGGCGCGGCUGCCCUGGGCCGGGCAACUGACCAAGGAGCUACCCCUUUCUCCUGCUUACUUUGGUGAGGACGGUAUCUUCCGCCACGACCGCCUCCGCUUCCGGGACUUUGUAGAUGCCUUGGAGGACAGCCUGGAGGAGGUGGCAGUGAGACAGACAGGUGAUGACGAUGAGGUGGAUGACUUUGAGGACUUCAUCUUCAGCCACUUCUUUGGAGACAAAGCAUUGAAGAAGAGGUCUGGGAAGAAGGACAAACACUGGCGGAAUCCCAGAGUUGUGGGACCCAGGGAGGAACACAGCCACCAGCGCCAGGGCUGAGGCCCCGUGCUGUCUGUCCCCUGGGAACCGUUAAACUGCCACCUCCCUUGGCUUGUUUGGUGUCCUUGGAUAUCCUUCACUGAGGAGAGCGGAAAUCACCCAGCCCCACACUGAAACCACUUUUGCUAGAAAAAGGUCUUAGCUGGACCUGCCUUGCUAUCUAUGCAAAUGUAUGCAAAUGCUCAGGGCCCUGGGCCGUGACCCUUGCAGCCUGAUUGUGUCACGCCAGUGUGAAGGGGGGAGGGGAGAGAAGCCUGU